ACUCUGAACAAGCUCAGAUCCUUCUUCUUCGUCUUCUUCUUCCCCUUUUCUCUGUAUAUAUUUUGACACCCAGAUCCUUCUUGUUUGCUCGUGAUUCAGAGAUGGGUAUGGUGCUGGUCAUCUCUCUGCCGUUGAUUCUCUUCUGCUUCUUGCUUGGUUUUGGCUGUUACUUUAUAGGCAGAGCUAAAGGGAGACAGGACAUUCGGACUAAUGCCCAGGUCUUUGGGGUGCCGGCGCCGCCUCCCGGUAGCGGUCUCGCCCAUCCUCCGCCACCGCCGGAGCCGCUUUUCAAACCUGAUAAUUCAGCCCAUGUUUGAUUAGUAAUCAGAUCCAAGUUCAAUUCUUCACUGUACCGUCUCUGUCUACUGGGUUCUGUUUUGGGGUAAAUUCUGUACUGUUAGGAUGAACUUCAAUACUCCAUGAAUCGUUUUGCUGUUAUUGUGGCUGUUCUAUGGGUGUUUCUGCAUUCAAUCGAGUGACCUGUUUGUUGGUAGAAAUGUUUGAUUAAUUGUGUAUAUCACCGUCUAAUUCCUUGCACAAGUUUGGACGCUUUCAUA